AUGCUUGGCUCUUCGCUGCUCCAGCGCAUGCAGCCCAUCCGGCUUGCCCGCGCUUUCCUUUCCCCGCAAAUUCCCAGCAGCAGCCCCAGAUGCUUCAGCACUGAAGGCGGAAGGCUUUUGAAUCCCAACCCGAGGCCCACGCAGUACCAAACAGUGAUAGUUAAUGAAGUAGUAAACCCCCCCCCCGGGAAGCCCUUCAGCUUCACGCCCUACUUGGUGGGCUUGGGGGUGUUCAUGUUCGUCUUCCCCUGCGUGCAGACCACCGUGGAGCUGCGCAAGUACUACAAAGAGACAGAGCACCUGUACCGCGACGGCUGGAACAGACACCACUACGACAAGAUGAAGGACCAGUACUUGUCUUAG